AUUUCUUUCUUAUUGCUGAAAAAAAUCUCAUCUUUUCUUUUUCAGGAUCAAGCAGAACAGUUCUUUAGAAGUGGACAUACAAAUAACUGGGCAGUUUUGGUGUGUACAUCUCGAUUCUGGUUUAAUUAUCGUCAUGUGGCAAAUACUCUUUCAGUAUACAUGAGUGUCAAGAGACUGGUCAUUCCUGAUAGUCACAUUGUCCUGAUGCUGGCAGAUGAUAUGGCAUGUAAUCCUAGAAAUCCCAAACCAGCUACUGUGUUUAGCCAUAAAAACAUGGAGCUAAAUGUCUAUGGAGAUGAUGUGGAAGUGGAUUACCGAAGCUACGAGGUUACUGUUGAAAAUUUCUUGCGUGUAUUAACAGGAAGAAUCCCACCAAGCACACCACGAUCUAAACGUCUUCUUUCUGAUGACAGAAGCAAUAUUCUAAUAUAUAUGACAGGCCAUGGUGGAAAUGGUUUUCUAAAAUUUCAAGAUUCUGAAGAAAUCACAAAUGUAGAACUUGCUGAUGCCUUUGAACAAAUGUGGCAGAAAAGAAGGUACAAUGAAUUGUUGUUUAUUAUUGAUACUUGUCAAGGAGCAUCCAUGUAUGAACGAUUUUAUUCACCUAAUAUAAUGGCCUUAGCUAGCAGCCAAGUUGGAGAAGAUUCUUUAUCACAUCAACCUGAUCUUGGGAUUGGCGUUCAUCUUAUGGACAGAUACACGUUCUAUGUGCUAGAGUUCUUGGAAGAAAUUCAUCCAGCCAGCCAGACAAAUAUGAAUGACCUAUUUCAGGUCUGUCCAAAAAGUCUGUGUGUUUCCACGCCUGGGCACCGAACUGAUCUCUUUCAGCGAGACCCGCAAAAUGUUCUGAUUACAGACUUCUUUGGCAGCGUGAGAAAGGUGGAGAUUACGACAGAGACAGUUUCUUUGGACAGUGACUUAGCUGGUUUUGAGAGCAA